AUGCUGUAACCAGGUGAAGGAUGGACUGACAGAGCCCCAGCAGCUUCUUCUCCACCCAGGGCUGGGGGGCUCAGCCUGCAGGGAAGGAGCCAUUUUUGGACACAAGCAUCCCUCUGGCUGCGGCGAGGGGAGUGGAGCUGUCGCGGAUCGAAGCCGCUCCUGGAGGGGAAAAUACCACUUCAGUUUGGUGUCUAAUUAGAUAUUUACCAGGAAGGAAGGAAAGAUAUAAAUAGGGUGACAGUGACUUCAAAGGGUGUUUUUUGACUUCUAAGAAUAACACCUUUGCUGGCGCCGAUUUCGGGAAUAUCAGCUGUGCCUGGGUGUGAAAGACGGAGGAGGUGUUGCAGCUCGGUCGGCAGCCAAGGGAGCAAACCCAGACCCCAGCCCUGCUCCAGCCCCACAGACCAGCUGAGGAAGGGACAGAGCCCCUGGAAAGCUCAGCUGCAUCCACAGGGACACAGCAGGGGCAGUGUGGGGAAGAGCAACAGUGCUGCAACGCGGGCAGGAGGGGACGUGUGGCACCAUGGGGACCCCACCCCUGUCCCCAUGGGCAGUUCUGGUGCUCACCCCGGUGCUGGUGGGACUCUGGGCUCCCUGUGUGGUGAGCAGGCAGCCCAACUUCAUUGUCAUCCUGGCUGAUGAUGUGGGCUGGGGGGAUCUGGGUGCCAACUGGGCAGAGACGAAGGAGACCCCGCAUUUGGAUCAGUUGGCUGCUGAAGGAACAAGGUUCGUGGAUUUCCACUCAGCUGCCUCCACGUGCUCCCCAUCCCGCGCCUCACUGCUCACGGGGCGCCUGGGGGUGCGCAACGGGGUCACCCACAACUUCGCCAUCUCCUCUCUUGGGGGCCUCCCCCUCAACGAGACCACCCUGGCCGAGGUCCUGAGGGAGGCUGGCUACACCACGGGGGCUAUAGGCAAGUGGCACCUGGGACACCACGGCCACCAUCACCCCAACUCCCGUGGCUUCGACUACUACUUUGGGAUCCCCUACAGCCACGACAUGGGCUGCACUGACACCCCUGGCUACAACCUGCCACCCUGCCCGCCCUGCCCACAGCACAGCAGCGCUGCCAGCAGGGUGGCGAGGAAGGACUGUUACACAGAGGUUGCCCUGCCUCUCUUUGAGAAUGUCACCAUCGUCCAGCAGCCCGUGGAGCUCGGCAGCCUGGCCAGGCGCUACGCAGAGGAGGCAGAGCGGUUCAUCCAGAGGGCCAGUGACAGAGGACGUCCCUUCUUCCUCUACCUGGCCCUGGCCCAUAUGCACGUCCCGUUGUUCCCCCCGCUGCCCCCCGCUCCGGGCAGGGGCAUCUACGGAGCCUCCCUGGGCCAGAUGGAUGCGCUGGUGGCACGGAUAAAGGAGGUGGCUGACAGCCUGGGGAAGGGCAGCACGCUGCUGUGGUUCACAGGUGACAAUGGCCCCUGGGCACAGAAGUGUGAGCUGGCAGGACGCCUGGGGCCAUUCGUGGGUGCCUGGCAGAGGCAGAGAGGUGGGAGCUCAGCGAAGCAAACAACCUGGGAAGGAGGGCACAGGGUGCCAGCCCUGGUGUACUGGCCUGGCCGUGUCCCUGCCAGGAGGACGAGCCACGCUCUCCUCAGUGUUCUGGACAGCAGCCCGGGACUGCUCAGGCUCGUGGCAGCUGCAGUGCCCAGCACAACCAGGCAGCAUGGGAUGGACAUCUCUGGGUUUUCCCUGCCAUGGGCUGACAGGAACUAUCCUGUCCUUCUGCAGGUUCUGCUGCACCCCAACAGCGGCGCAGCCGGGAAGGUGGGCGAGAUCGAGGCGCUGCGGCUGGCUCAGUACAAGGCGUUCUACACCACAGGAGGGGCCAUGGCCUGUGAUGGCAGCACUGGGCCGGCACAGCGGCACCAACCACCCCUCAUUUUCAACCUGGACCGUGACAUCCAGGAGCAGGAGCCUCUGGAUGUGGCCUCCAGGGAGUACCAGGCAGUGCUGCCUGCCAUCAGCAGGGCUUAUGCCCAAGCUCUGCAGGACAUUGCAGCAGACAAUGUCUCGGUUGCAGAUUAUUCCCAGGAUCCAGCUGCAAUUCCCUGCUGCAAUGUGCAGCACGUGGACUGCCGGUGCCACGGGGUUCAUGGAGCCACACGGGAUCCCCACAUGGAAAAGAGAACACCCUGGCUUUGUCUUUAAGCAAAUAAUUGCUCAGGCUGCUCCUUUCCCAAGGGUGAUGUCUGUGAAUUCCAGGCUGGAGGUGGCCAUGGAGAGGGAUGGAGGCUGUGGUUCCCUUUGCUCCGUGCUGGGAAGAGGGAGGUGAGCUGGGUGUGGGUCUGGGGGAGCACAGAGAGGGUCCCCUUUGGACCCUGGGCAUGUGGAAGGCUUUUUGUAGGGCUCUUUAUCUGGGAAAGAGACAGCUCUUGGAUUAAAACUACCUUCUG